CCCCUGAGCCCCUCCAGUGAUGUGCGUGCGGCUCCCCCUGCAGGAGAACAGUCGGCGGCAGAAGCAGCACCUGAGCCAGCGUUUCGACUCCCUCUACAGCACCCUGGAGGAGCGGAAGAAGGAGCUGGUGCAGCGCGUCAGCCGGGAGCAGGAGGAGCGGGUCAGCCACGUGCGCUCCCUCAUCCGCCAGUACGGGGAGCACCUGGAGAUCUCCGCCAAGCUGGUGGAGUCGGCCAUCCAGGCCAUGGAGGAGCCCCAGAUGGCCGCGUACCUGCAGCAAUCCAAGGAGCUGCUUAAAAAGAUCACGGACACGUCGAAGGUGUCAAUGAGUAGCCGCCCGGAGCCCGGCUACGAGAAGAUGGACCACUUCUCUGUCAAUGUGGACAACCUGGCCGAGAUGCUGAGAACCAUCGAAUUCCAGACAGACUCGCUGGGUGAGGACGACAUGGACGGGUUUGCGGGCGGGGAUGGAGGAGACGCUGGAGCCAACGAGGACAGGCCGGAGGGGCCAGAGGCGCUAGAGGGGGCCGAAGGUGAGUGCCUGGAGUGAGGGACAGUCACCCCGGGCCACACAAGGGUAACAGCCUCCUCCUGCUGUACAGAGCCCCCCAGAACCCCCAGCUAGCAGGGCCCGUGACCAUGUGCUUUGCCCCCGUACGACCCGGGCCAGAGACCUGCCCCAGAGCAGAGCUGGCUGCACUGAGCUGUCAGUGCCGGAGAAGCACCCGGCCCCGGGGGAUUGUCCACUGGCUAAUUACCUCCCCGUUAAACACCGACCCCCAUUGCCAGUGGGGAUCUGUACCGCUUUGGCUUCGCCCUUCCUCCACCUGCCCGCACAGCCCCUUGGGCGACGCUUGUUCCCGCGGAGGUACUGCCAGAGCAGGGCUUCUCUGCCCGGGGGUCGGGACCCAGACUGUGUCGAAGGGUCGUGUGGCAGCUCCUGUCCCACGGGGCUGGCUGGGCUCCCUCUUGGUCCCUGCCAGGGGCUACGGAU